GACAUGUUUGUCUCGGAUUGGUUUGGCAUGUUUGCCUUGGAUGGGUUUUCCUAGUUUCUUCGUUCGCCCAAAUGCGCGGCUUCAUGGAUGAUGACGUGGCCAAGCUGGUGGAAGAGUUUGAACAGUCUAGAGGUCAGCUCGGAGGUGGAGUAGCGCUGAGCUCAAGACGAGCUGCUCGAUGUGUCGCUGUUCACUGACCCAGACAUCGACCGACCCGGUCAAAGAGUUUCGUCACGGUCGAUUUCAGGGCCAAUCUGAGAAAGAGGACAAGAAGCAGUUGACCGAGGAGCAAACAAAGGCUUUGCUCCAAGAGCUCAAUCAUCAACAACGAGAGGAGCUUUGCCACGUGCUCAAGGCGCAGCAAGAUGGACAGAAAGACAUCAGGCUAUCACCUGAGCUUGCCCGGAUCUUGCAGAGGUUCCAGCGGCGUGCUGGGCUGGGCCCUGGUGGUCCUUUACACACCGGGGAGGAGACGUGGCCAAUGUAUUUGGGCAUUGUGCUGUUCAUCAUCAUCACCAUCGUCUUCAUCUACAUCUACAUCCAGGAGCAGAGGGCAAGUGAAGAGGAGGAAAGGUUCCACGACGAGGAUGCAUUCUGGUUAUACCGAGAAUUUGGAUAAUAAUAUUGAAUGCAAAUCAAAAA